CCCAGCCUCUGGCACUCUCCGGAGCUGCUCUCCGACAUCCAGGACGGCUACAGCGUCUCAGGGCACCUACUGGUCUGCUUCUCCUCGGGCUACUUCAUCCACGACAGCCUUGACAUCAUCUUCAACCACCAGUCCCGCUCCUCCUGGGAGUACCUGGUGCACCAUGCCAUGGCCAUCUCUGCCUUUGUCUCGCUCAUCAUCACGGGCCGUUUCCUGGUGGCGGCAAUGCUGCUGCUGCUGGUGGAGGUGAGCAACAUCUUUCUCACCAUCCGCAUGCUGCUGAAGAUGAGCAACGUGCCUUCCCCGGCGCUCUAUGAGGCCAACAAGUACGUCAACCUGGUGAUGUACUUCGCCUUCCGCCUGGCACCUCAGGCUUACCUCACCUGGUACUUCCUCCGCUAUGUGGAGGUGCAGGGCCAGGGUGCAUUCCUCACCGCCAACCUCCUGCUGCUCGACGCCAUGAUCCUCAUGUACUUCUCCCGCCUCCUCCGCUCUGAUUUUUUCCCUUCCCUGCGCAAGGGCUCUGUGGGGAGAGACGUGGAUGGUGAGAAGUUUCUGAUAGACUGAGACGUGCGUGCCGAGGGCGACCCAGGCUCCGGCUCCUGGAGCUCUCGAGUUCUGCAAACCUGCUCUGAUGUGCCUUAGGGCUCGCUCCCUGGCCCCGGGCCCUGCCUUCACCCGCUCUGCUGUCUUAAAGUGCUUCCCAGCUGGACCAGCCCGACAGCUUUGCCGAGCCGCAGGGACGCCACCAAAGCUGGGGCACAGCCGAUGGAAGUUGGCUUCCGCAUGGGCAGCUGGAGGGCCAGGGGUGGCUGCGUUCCGCAGCUGAUGGCCUGAGAGGGUUGCGAGGGAAGGGACCAGUCCCUCCCAGGGCGAUGAUGGGUGUUACGUGCAUUAAAAUCAGUCUGUUCACUGCUGCUGCA